AUGGAGGACCGCUUUCUUGAAGCUUGCGAUAAGCUCUACAAUAAGUUUAAAGAAGAUGUGCAAGCAAAUGAUGUCCCUGAACGUCGUCAGCUUGUUCAGAGGCUUACCGUCCAGCUUCGACGACUUGUACUCGAUGUUGAAGACUUGAUUCCCGACCUUGAAGACAGUCACAUAUCUCAAGCUAAGCGGCGAAAACACAAUGACACAGAGGACGCCGCACCACAGGACCUGCUACCGGUGAAGAAACUGAUAUUUGACCGUACUCACAAUUGGUUCAACGAUAGCACUUGGAAAGACAUCUGCUCUUUUCUACAGCAAGACGAUGUAUUACGGUUGCUGGUAACACUGAAAAGAAUGCGCCAAAUUUGCAUUGACCAGAGAAUGCUGCGGGUUUAUCUACACAAGCGGUAUGCUCCACUUACUCUGCAUCGAUUUCUCAUUGUGCCUGAUUAUAUAUUGGUCGAACUGUGGCUGAUACCUUUCACUACAAUCGUGUUUGACGGCCUUACAGAAUUGCGUGUCAAGGUUCUUGCCAAUGUGUUCCCUAAAGCCAACUUUAUCGACUUGACAGGGAGAGUUCUGACGGUUUUCCUUAAUUUGGAGCGUCCCACCCUCAACCAUCUCACGAUUGGUAUUCAUCAACUCCAUCAUUUACGCGGUAAGCCCCCGUGUAAACAAAUCCAUGUCAAUUGCUACCACAGACCAGUCUCCAAAGUAUUCAGUACCUUUGCUAACACUCACUUAAACACCCUCCAAUUACUGUGUGUUCGCGAGGAAGAUCUGGGGUUGGGCAGUGGCCAAGUGUCUGUUGACAAACUUAUCGUGUAUGGGCCCAUGAAUCCGGCUAUAGCUAAGAGUGUCAUUUGGGAAAAAGUUCGAGCUCUCCAUUUUGAAUACACCACAAAGUGUCCCCUGAUUGCCGCUUAUCUCAACAACCUUCUGGCGCUUUCAAUUUCGGUGAACGUCCCUCCCACCUAUUUGGAUCUGCGCCUGAAUCUGAUACCGCUCUUGUCGGUACCAUUUCUCACCAAUCUUGACAGCGUCAAUUUACGAUGGUUGAAACUCCAUGUUGUGUGGCAACCUAUUCUUGAGGAUGUCAUACCGCUUGUUGUGCGGUUUCCUUUGCUUCAGGUGUUUGAUCUUGAGUGUCUGAGCUACAGUCUGCCUUUUUGGCCCGACUUGAUAGCGCACAAAUGUCUAGUUGAACGUCGCACACAUCUCCCGAAUUGUUUCGUUGUUGACGAUGAUGGGAAAUUCUUGGCGAAAGCGUUAUUCAAACUGCUUCACCUUCUCCACAAAGUUACUGUGGGUACCGAUUCAUUUAUUCGCGAUAAUGGUCGCAUCGUGUGCCAAUUGGAAUAA